CAGAGGUAGACAGAAGAGCUUUGGUGUGCUAGUUAUACAAGGUCUACGCAGUCAUUGCGACCUCUAGACACUCUUCUAUCUUUUGAAAUAUGGCCCAGGCCAAAAGUGAUAUGAGUAUCAACAUGGAGAUUUCUAACGGAGCUGUCAUCCACAGUCCUGUAGGGUCAUGCAUGGAGAUGGAAGAUCGGCGGACUGGGGAGGAAGAGGAGGAGGAGGAUGAAGUUGAGCUAGCUGAAGAGGUGGACGAGGAUAUCAACAUUGGAGAUGACCACGGCGGAGAAAUCAACGCAAUGUCCUCAACAGACGUGAUCAUCCAUAAAACAGUGGAAGAGGAUAUUAUGGAAGACGUGGAGGAGCAAGUUGACCAAGAGACAGCGGUUCUGCAAAAUGAAUCUACAAAAGAGGUAAAUGCUGGAGAGAUGGAUGAAGAAGAAGUGGAAGUAACAACACCUGAGCUACAGGUAAUGGUUGAACUGCAAACAACAAUGCAAACACAAGUUCCAAAACUUCGAAAUGAAGCUGAAGAGCUUCCAGGAGCAUUGAAAGAACUGGACAAGGAUCGAGCAAAUCACAAGUUGGAAACGCUGUACGAAGACGAAAAGGAAAGUGAUGAAAUGCAGACCUUGAGUGAAAGACAGACGGAAACACAGGAAUAUCAGAAGCUACUCCUGUCUGAGGUAAGAGAGUUUACCUUUGACCUCCUUGAGAAAAUCAAAAGCAAGUCCAUAGAGGAUCAAAUUCAGCAAGUAAAAAGUGACACAGAAGAGGAGCAUGAAGAGGUGAAGGUGGAAAGUUGGGAUGAUGAGUGUGUAAAAAACAAUGAAGAUGAAGAGCCACACACAGUUUCUAGUGAAGGAGAAUCUGUAGAAGACUUUCAGAGUCUUGAGGAAGAGGUAGAACCAGCAGUGUUUGAUAAUGUUGGUGAAGAACAGUCUACAACUGAUGUCCCUUUAUUGAAGCACUGCACAGAAGUUGGAGAACCAAUGCACAAUGAUGCCUUAGAGACUAAUAGUGAAGAAGAGACGUGCAUCACCUACAAUGCACCAGAAGAAAGGGUGAUUGAUUGCAUUGCAACCGAGCAACCUUCAACUGAUAUGAUUGGUGGAACCAUAGAAGAGAUGGUCCAGAAUUCAAAUCAGUUGGUGGAAAGCAUUGUGCAAGAACAUGAAGAACUAGAGCGGCUGCAACAGGUGGUGGGCGACACCAGUCUGGAGAAUACCGAAAGAAUGGUAGCGGAUACUGAAACAGCCAUUGUCAAUGGACCCAAGGAGACAAGAGGAGCUGAUAAAGAGGUAGAGGGCAUCGAGAAGAUUCAAGACGAGUCUCAAAGAGUUGUAGAGAUUACAGAAGAGCCAAUGCAGGUCAAAAAGGAGGAGCCUUCUGUAGAGGAGGGAAGCUGUACAGACAUGGAACAGCCACUUGAUGAUCCUAAGGUUACAGAAAAGGGGGCGUGCAAGAAGCAGGAACAGCUCUGCAAUGACAACCGGGAGGUCGCAGAGGGAGGUGACACAGCAAAGGAACAGCCAAGACAGGUCAACCAAGAAGUGCCAGCACCUAGAGAGGAGGGGGCGGGAAACUGGCUAGAAGAGCUCAAGGCUGUCAUUGAAGAUGAGCCCAGGAGGAAAGCCCAGGGGGGGCGUAAAGUGACCAUACCUGCCUGGCUGAAGGCCAGUGAGAGCUCGGAUGCCCAUUUCCAAGAGCCACCCAAGCCCCUCAGCAGUCGGUUCAGAAGCAUAAGUGGGAGCAGUGAAGGAGAGGUGAAUAUCAAGGCCAAAGUUCAAGAGGUCACCAUGGCGAAUGGGUGCUCUGGGAUACCAGCUGCUGUAGUUCAACAGGAGGAGGAAAAAACACCAGAAAAUACGACAAAGAUGGCGACUGCAGCUCAGCAGGAAGGCGGUCCACAAGACCAGCAGAUCUCCCUCUAUGUGAAGGCCGGCAGUGAUGGAGAGAGUAUCGGGAACUGUCCGUUCUCUCAGAGACUCUUCAUGAUCCUCUGGCUGAAAGGAGUCAUCUUCAACGUCACCACUGUGGACCUCAAGAGGAAGCCAGCGGACCUGCAGGAUCUCGCUCCAGGAACCAACCCACCAUUCAUGACCUUCAACGGCGAGGUGCUGGUGGACGUCAACAAGAUCGAGGAGUUUCUUGAGGAACGACUGGUCCCACCACGAUACCCAAAGUUGGCAGCAAAGCAUCCAGAAUCCAACACAGCAGGAAUAGAUGUAUUUGCCAAGUUUUCUGCCUACAUCAAGAACCCUCGGAAAGAAGCCAAUGAGGGUCUAGAGAAAGCUCUUCUGAAGUCUCUGAAGAGGUUGGAUGAGUAUUUGCUGACGCCGCUGCCCGAGGAAAUAGAUGCCAACAGCAUGGAUGAUCCCGGUGUGUCCACACGCAGUUUUCUGGAUGGAGCGGACCUCACGCUGGCCGACUGCAACCUGCUGCCCAAACUACACAUCAUUAAGAUUGUUGCCAGGAAGUACCGGGGUUUUGAGAUUCCUGCUGAGAUGACGGGGAUUUGGCGAUAUUUGAAUAACGCCUACAAGAGAGAGGAGUUCAUGAACACCUGCCCUGCUGAGCGCGAGAUCGAGUUCGCUUACCUGGACGUCGCCAAAAAGAUCAAAUAGUUCAGGAUGAUGUGACAAGUAGUGGUAGCUCUACGCACCGUCACAUGCUUGUGUGUGUAGAUGCAUGUAUGUGUAUUGUACGUCUGUGUGUGUGUGUGUGUGUGUGUGUGUGUGUGUUUGUGUGUGCGCUCACUGGUGGAGUUGCACUAAUACUAGGGCAUAUUGAUCAUAAAUUGGUAGAUUGGCAUCCGUUUUCCUUCAAUCAAUGGCAGGACCAGGAAAAUAGUAUAAGACCAGAUGCAGAGAUAAAAUACUCUUAACAAUCUGUCUGUCUUCAUAGAUUAUAUAGAUAGACUAGAUAUGACACAUUCAUAAUAUUCACAAAGGCCUUGACCAAAUCUCAAUCACUUUUAAGCUAUGGAUCUCUAUAUUUCUUUCUAUUUUUUGCAUAUCUGAAUUUUUACUUACACUUCUGGUCAGGCCAGUAUAUUUACAUAUACAUUUUCUAUUUGCAUUUUAUAUUUAAAGAAAUCAUGUUUAUUUUACAUUAUCACCAAAUGUGUUUAAUGAAACUCUCCUUUUGUAUCAUCACAUGCCAUCACAGGUUUAGUAAUUACAUUACUGAUUGUGAUUGUUUUGUCUUUCCAAGCUUAGGACGACACGGCUUUUAAUCUAUGCACAGAACUUGUUAAAACACGCUAUUUAUGCAACUAUGUAACCUUGCGCAAACGCCUUAUGAAGCUCUGACGAGGAGACUUUAAUUAAACUAAUCAGAAUUCAUCAUUAAGUCUUCAUGGUUUUUAAUUUCCUAUUGCCGUCAUGAACGUGUGAAGAACGACAUCUUGAUACGUGGGUCGCAUUGAUCACCGCAGACGAUGGACAAAAUGAAAAGACUCUGGUGGUGAACUUCAUUUGACUUGUUCGCUUGUAUUUUGAAGGGUCUCAUUGAACGUCACCCAAGCAACAGAGCAAUCAGAUCAAUUCAGAGGGAAUAAUAUCAACAGCUUGUCUUUCUAGUCGACUUGCUACCUCAUCAUCACCAUAGUGACCUCUAACUUUAAGCUUUGAGAUCUUGUGCAAACGCUAGUACAGUGAGGACAGUCGCAGCAAUGCACAUCACUUUGUCUUAUUUUGCAAUGAUCACCGAGAG